AUAAGUUCUGACUCUACAGCAUUGUUUGUGACGGUUUGCUCAAAUCAAGCUACAGAGGCCUUUUGUGCUUACGAAUCUCUUCAUACCGGGUUUAUCCCUUACCGUCAUCUUCGAGGACGUCCUUACGAGUCAUGCCUUCUGCUGCGCCUUCUCAACCGCUGAACUUGGAUGGAUUGCGAGAGGGCUAUUUUAAUUCAUCUCUCAAAGACGGAAUCUAUCUCGGUGAUCCCACUGCGCAUCGUAAAACUCGGUGGUUACCAAUGGAAGGUGCCGGUGCAGAUGGACAUGUCCUUGCUGUCUCUGGCGAGGAUGAAGUGCCUUCUCCCGCUUCAUUGCUUGCGGUUCUUCGUAUAACGUCAGAAGACAACUGGACGAUGCCGGACGGGAAUUGGAAAGGUCCCCGUGAGUUUGCGAAACAUUUCGCUGACGUCAAGUUGACCUGCACGGGAGCGCAACCUCGCAGCGGGGUGUUUCGUGGUGAUUAUGCGCACGUUAUCGACAACUUGAAGAGCAUCCAGGAUAUGAUCGCUGUUGCGGGGUGUGAAAAGAAGAAAGGCCUAUUGGCGGAGGUCAAGCGUGGGGACCCAUCCGGGGGUCUCAAGAUCAAACUACAGCAUGCUCUCUUUCAAGAGAAGAAGCACGACGACGACGACGACGCAGCAGAAUCUGAGGAUGGUGAGGCUAGCGAUGCUGUACCCACAAUCGAGAACUGGCCCACGUCCCAUCCCAAAGCAAAGAAUGCACUAGCGAAGAUGAAGGACACUCACGACGUCAUUCCUCUUCUUUUGUAUAAACUACCCUCCUUCGAGUCAGAUCGCAGUAAACUCGUACAGCCUCAGGACUACUGCAGAUGUUUAAGCGAGGCAAUUGUUGAAGUACGGUUCCAGCUGACUCAUUGGCGUCUUAAGAAGACCGACGAGGAAGUCUUCUCUGCUCAUAUCCAGGAUAUGUGUCUGCUGCCGGUUCCCGCAAUGGCGCUCCCUUCACCCGUAAGGAAGCGCCCUCGCGUUGACGCUGAACACCCGUGCUCUCCUUCCAAGCGUAUGAAGCUGGGUUCUAUUCCUGAUGCAAGGGCUUGAUAUCCUAUUACUGGCUCACUACGAGGACAACUAUGCUCAGUCUGCUUGGUGUUUUCUGGUCUUGGCUAUGAUCUCUCAUUUACAAGAAAUAUGUAGUGAUAUGUGAAUUGUAUGAUAUGUUCAUGGCUUCAAACUUGUAGGACUAGUACUGAAUGUGUGCCUUGAAUGAAAUUGUUCAUUCGACAAUAAUACUUAUUACAGUGAAUGAAUGAUUCCGCAGAUGGGAACAUGCUGUAAGCCAUAAUGCAUAAUGCGCGAAUACAGAGGUAUGUGGCCUUACAUCUGAUCAGCAAACUUCAAAAUCAAAUAUAU